UGUGCAGGUUGUGGGGAGAAAAUAACUGAUAGCAGGUAUCUCUUAUCAGUGGUGAAUAAACAAUGGCAUCUCACGUGCCUCGUCUGCUCCGCCUGCAAACUUCCGCUCAACCCGGAAGUCACGUGUUACGCUAAAGAUGACGAAAUAUACUGCAAAGAUGAUUAUUAUAGACGAUUUGCUCCGAAGACAUGUUCUUGCUGCCAGUCAAACAUUUCAUCAGACCAACUCGUCAUGAGAGUUCGCGAUCGAAUCUAUCAUCUCCACUGCUUCGUAUGUUCUGUCUGCUCCAAACAACUGACCACAGGCGAACCAUUCGGCUACAACAGUGACGACAACUCACUUUUCUGUAAGCUACACUACGAGACUUACCACGUGGCUUACUCCAGGCCUCUCUGCUGUGAAUCGGCCAACCCCAGUACGGGGGUCUGCUUUCUCCACACCCCAAUCCCUCACCAUCAACAUUUGCUGGGCUCCAUGGUCCACCAUCAAACCGCUAACUUGCAAAAAGGAAGGCCAAGAAAACGAAAAAGUGUGAUGACGGACGUGGAACAUUUUGUGCCUAACUUGGAAAUGAACCAAGAUGAAGCCAUGUUGCAGCACCAACGACAAAAGAGGAUGAGAACAUCUUUCAAGCACCACCAGCUGAGAAUCAUGAAGUCUUAUUUCUCCCUCAAUCACAACCCUGAUUCCAAAGAUCUCAAACAGCUAGCACAAAAAACUGGUCUCAGCAAGAGAGUUUUACAAGUUUGGUUUCAAAACGCCAGAGCCAAACACAGACGAACAGCGAUCAAGGACCGCGAC